ACGCUGCUCAGAUGUACCUGGCAUAAACAGAGAGACAGGGCUACCUACUUCUCCAGAGUCGUUCAAUGUCAAAAGGAGCCGGAAAAUGCAACCAGAUCCGUCAAAUCGUCAAACUCCGACAUAUGCUGCUGCGGUGGCGGAGAAGGGCGACGGAUUCCUCAUCUGGUCGCGCAGCCGGCGUUCCGGCGGAUGUGCCGGAGGGACACGUGGCGAUCCGCGUGGGAUGGAGCAGCAGAAGGUUCGUGGUCCGCGCCUCGUACUUGAACCAUCCCGUCUUCCAGAAGGUAUUGGCCCAGGCCGAGGCGGAGUACGGCUUCGCCCACCAAGGCCCGCUCUCUAUUCCUUGCGACGAGGCUGUCUUUGAGGAAAUCCUCCGGUUCGUCGACGUCGGGGAGCUCCGGCGGUGGUGCGGCCUGGUCGGAUUCCAGACCGGUUUCGGCGAAUCUAGGUCGAUGCUUCAGGCGCGUUGUUGAUUAGCUCAGGCGCGUGUGUCAACGUAAGUCUUCGUUCUUUUGAAGUACUCCGUAUUUUUGUUUCUUCUGCGGUUGAAGGACGGCGGGGUAAUAUUUUCGCGGCGGCGGUGGCAAGUUAGAGUGGUCAGGAGAAUACUGGGUCAACUCAGCCAUCCCGAGUAAUAUUUAUCCGGGCCCACUCUAGUGUAAUAUCCUGUUUGGGGCCGGUCGUGUGUUUAAACUUUAAAAUGUCUGAGGUAUAUUUUGUUACAUUUACUGCUCCGUACUUUGUUUCCACUUUCCACAUCUAACAUGAAGUAUGAAAGACACGAUUCAUGUCUCUUUCCACGUAUAACUUUGCCUUUUAUUAUAU